CCUUGACCCGCACUCGGAGGGGCAUCCCCCCAAAGCCCUCGCCGCCGCCGCCGCCGCCAGCAAUCCCCUCCCCAAUCAGCCGUCCAAGAAUGGGAAUGGCCGCCGCCGCCACCGCCCCGUCCACGUCGCGCCUCCUCCAUCCCCACCACACCACCUCCGCCUCCAAGCGCCACAACCAACACCAGCAGCAGCGACUCAGGUACGCCCCCAAUCCGUCCCCUCUCGCUCUGCGCCGCCGCCUUUCGCCGCCAGCCGGGGCGGCGCUCCUGCCGGACCGCGUGACCCCGUUCUCCUACGGGGCGGACGACGAAUCCGACGACCACCCGCGCGAGGAGUGCGGCCUGGUGGGGGUCGUGGGCCACCCGGACGCCUCCUCGCUCUGCUACCUGGGCCUGCAGAAGCUGCAGCACCGCGGGGAGGAGGGCGCCGGGAUCGUCGCCGCCGGGGGCGACGGCAAGCUCAAGUCCGUGACCGGGCUGGGGCUCGUCGCCGACGUCUUCGGCGACCCGUCCAGGCUCGCCUCGCUGCCCGGACCCGCCGCCAUCGGGCACGUGCGCUACUCCACCGCCGGCGCCGCCGCGUCCCUGCGGAACGUGCAGCCGUUCCUGGCGGGCUACAGGUUCGGGCAGGUGGCCGUGGCGCACAACGGCAACCUCGUCAACUACCAGGCGCUGCGGAGCAAGCUGGAGGCGCGGGGCUCCAUCUUCAACACCACCUCCGACACGGAGGUCAUCCUCCACCUCAUCUCCACGUCGCUCUCGCGGCCGCUGCUGGCGCGCAUCUGCGACGCCUGCGAGCGCCUCGCGGGGGCCUACUCGCUGCUCUUCCUCACGGCCGACAAGCUGUUCGCCGUGCGCGACCCGCACGGGUUCCGCCCGCUGGUGCUCGGCCGCCUCCCCAACGGCGCCGUGGCCUUCGCGUCCGAGACCUGCGCGCUGGACCUCAUCGACGCCGCAUACGAGCGCGAGGUGGAGCCCGGGGAGGUGGUCAUGGUCGACCGCCGCGACAUGUCCGUCUCCUCGGCCUGCCUCGUCCCGCGCCUCCCGCGCCGGGCCUGCGUCUUCGAGCACAUCUACUUCUCCCUCCCCAACUCGGUCGUCUUCUCGCACGACGUCCAUGAGCGCCGCACCGCCUUCGGCCGCGCCCUCGCGGAGGAGUCCCCCGCGCCGGGCGCCGACGUGGUCAUCCCGGUUCCCGACUCGGGCUUCUACGCCGCGCUCGGCUUCUCGCGGGAGUCGGGGCUGGAGUUCCAGCAGGGCCUGAUCCGGUGGCACUACAGCGGGCGCAGCUUCAUCCAGCCGACGCAGGCGAUCCGCGACCUGGCCGUGAAGCUCAAGCUGGCGCCCGUGCGUGGCGUGAUCCGCGGCAAGAGCGUGGUGGUGGUGGACGACUCCCUGGUCCGGGGCACCACGUCGAGCAAGAUCGUGCGCCUGCUCCGCGACGCCGGCGCGCGCGAGGUGCACAUGCGCAUCGCCAGCCCGCCGGUGGUGGGGUCGUGCCUGUACGGCAUCGACACGCCGAGCGACGGCGAGCUCAUCUCGAACCGGAUGGACCUGGAGGGCGUGCGGCGGGAGAUCGGCAGCGACUCCCUCGCCUUCCUCUCGCUGGACAAGCUGCACGGCAUCUACGGCGAGGAGGCGGGCGACUACUGCGACGCCUGCUUCUCGCGCAAGUACCCCGUGCUGCCCACGCUCCCCGAGCCGGCGGCCGAAUUCGACGAGGAGUGACCGGUGAGCAGGUGAGCUCUGCUCUGCCUCUGCCCAGCUCCUCUGCAUCAGCUGUAACGUUAUUCUGCUUGCGAAUUUUCUUAGAUCAUCAAUCAGGGAGCCGGAGCUUGAAUGAAACCUGAGUAGGCUUGCGAAUUUUGUAUGCCUGCAACAUCAUUUGGUCAUGAAUUAUAUCCCUGGUGUAGAAGUUAAGUUGCUGCAAUGGUUGACAUUCGAUUAAA